AUGUAGAGAUAAAUAGAUAAUAUUAAUAAAGAAUAUUAAAGAAAAGUAGAAGAAUGUAUAUAAAGUUUAUAAUAAAAAGUUGAAGUAAAGAUAUUAUUUAAUAAAAAUAAAUAGAACUCAUUCAAUAAUAUUGAUGCAAAACUUGAUGAACUUUUUAAUGAUUAGUUUAUUUAAUCAAAUAUUAAACUAUCUUAAAGAUAAUAAGAUUUACCUAAAUUCAAUUCAUCAUUUAAAAUAUAAGAUGACAAUUUCCCAAAGUAAAUCUAUUAAGAAUUGACUUAUUUAAUUAAGAAUAACAUAUAAAAUAAACUUUAAAAGUAAUAAUAAGAAUUCAAAAUCUAAGAAAUUACUCAAUCUAAUCUUAAACCAUUCAAUUAUUAAUUAAUUAAACAAAAUUCAAUUAAAUAAGAUCAAUAUUGUAGAGCAAUUGCUGUUAAUAAAGAUUGUUCAAUCUUGAUUUCUGGAUGUGAUAAUUAAAUUAAAGUAUUUGAUUUUAAAUAAUCAAAAUUGGAAUAAUUUCAAAUAUUAAAUGAACAUAGUAAAAAUGUGUCUACUUUGAAUUUCAUGAAGAAAUCAGAUCAAUUUAUAUCUGGAAGUGAGGAUUAAUUGAUUAUAAUAUGGAAAAGAAAUCAAAAUAAUUAAUGGAUUUGUUAAUAGAAAUUGAAUGGACAUACAAAUG